CCUUCGGUUCGGCCUAAGCACUAGCCCGCACUCACCCUUGCCUUGAUGGCAGCCGCGAUGGACGUCGACGGCUCCGGCGCCGCCGCCGCCGCCGCCGCUGCCGCCGGCGGUGGGAGGCAUUCAGAGAAGGAGCUCUUCCGCGCGGCGGAGUCGGGAGACGCCGCGGUCUUCUCCUCCCUCGCCCCCGCCGAACUCGCCGUCGCGCUCUCCCUCCGCGACGAGGACGGGCGCUCCCUCCUCCACGUCGCCACCGCCUCCGGCCACGCGCAGGUGGUGACAGCUCUUGCGGCGGUGGGCGGCGAUGCCACGGCCAGCGUUGUGAACGGGAAGGACGAGGAGGGGUGGGCGCCGAUCCACACGGCAGCGAGUUGUGGAAACGCUGAGAUCAUCUCUAUCCUGCUCGAUCAAGGUGCUAAUGUUGAUUUGACAACUGAUGCUGGCCGGACCGCUCUUCAUUAUGCUGCUAGUAAAGGACGGCUUAACAUAGCAGAAACACUAAUAGCGCACAGUGCAAAGGUCAACAAGAAAGAUAAGUUUGGGUGCACACCCUUACAUAGAGCUGCAAGUACUGGAAAUGCUGAACUGUGUGAAUUCCUGGUUGAGGAGGGGGCAGAUGUUGAUGCUGUUGACAGGACAGGACAAACACCACUAAUGCAAGCCGUUGUUUGUGAAAACAAAGGGGUUGCUCUUCUGCUAAUUCGACAUGGUGCUGAUGUUGACGUUGAGGACAAGGAAGGUUAUACCGUCCUUGGUCGAGCAUCUGAUAGCUUUAGACCUGCACUUAUUGACGCAGCUAAAGCAAUGCUUGAAGGCUGAACAUGUCAUGCUGCAGAAAGGUAAAAGUAGUAGUUUUUGAAGUAUAAACCAGUCCUUGGUUGAGUUGAAUCCUGGUCUUUGAAGUAUAAACCAUUCCAAUCUAGAAUCAGUUUGACCAACUUGACCAUAUAUUUCAUAGUCAAGAAUUCUUGUAGUAAUUGUGAUUUCAGUUUGCUCUUGCUUUUCUUUAGCUAUUUCAUCGAGUUUUCCAAUCAGGACAACAAUAAUCAACUCAUCAUAGUUUUGACAAAAGUUUAUCAUGUUCUCUACUCAAGCUCAACCAUCAUUGUUUCCCGAACUGCC